GGGGGGGGGGGGCUGAUUUUUAUUUUUUAUGUGCUCCAGGCAGCCAGAGCAACUUGGGCUGUGGGAAAUGAGGAGGUGAUUUCAGCCUCUUGGGGGAGUUGGAUUGAUCGUAGGAUUAGUAAUAGAUUUUGGAAGGACGGUGGCACUUGAUUUAUGUUUUGCAUUUCCUCUCUCUCCCCCCGAUGGGUUUACUAGAUUUGGAGAGCUGGAUUCGUUUUGGUAGCUUACAGGUUUAGGGGGACAGUUUGCAUUUGGGGGUGUAGUUCUUGCAAGGCCGACAGUGGGUUGUCGUGGGUGGCCUCUGAAUUUUUUUUUUCCAGUGUGAGGAAAUUUUUCUCCAGCGUCUCUGAUGCCAGAACAAGGCCCCAGAAUGAACGGUUUCUCUCUGGGCGAGCUGUGCUGGCUGUUCUGCUGCCCACCUUGCCCUAGCCGCAUUGCUGCUAAGUUGGCUUUCUUGCCCCCGGAGCCUACAUAUACAGUGCUGCAGCCUGACCAGCAGCAAGAGGCUGGGGCGGCGGCAGCAGGGUCAGGGACCCCAACAGGAACAGGCAGCUGCAGUCUGCACUUGAGUGAGCGGGCGGACUGGCAGUAUUCACAGCGGGAGUUGGAUGCCGUGGAGGUUUUCUUCUCUCGCACAUCUCGGGAUAACAGGUUGGGGUGCAUGUUUGUGCGCUGUGCCCCUGCCAGCCGGUAUACGCUGCUCUUCUCGCAUGGCAAUGCUGUGGAUCUCGGUCAGAUGUGCAGCUUCUACAUUGGCCUUGGCUCUCGCAUCAACUGCAACGUCUUCUCCUACGACUACUCUGGCUAUGGGGUGAGCUCAGGCAAACCCUCUGAGAAAAACCUGUAUGCAGACAUAGAUGCAGCCUGGCAAGCCCUCAGGACAAGAUAUGGUGUGAGUCCUGAGAACAUAAUUCUCUAUGGUCAGAGUAUUGGAACUGUCCCGACAGUGGACUUGGCAUCUCGGUACGAGUGUGCAGCUGUAAUCCUUCAUUCUCCUUUGAUGUCUGGAUUACGGGUAGCUUUUCCUGACACCAGGAAAACGUAUUGCUUUGAUGCUUUCCCAAGCAUUGACAAGAUAUCUAAAGUAACCUCUCCUGUGUUGGUAAUUCACGGUACCGAAGAUGAGGUAAUAGAUUUCUCCCAUGGCCUGGCAAUGUAUGAGCGAUGUCCACGAGCAGUGGAGCCCCUCUGGGUGGAAGGGGCUGGGCAUAAUGACAUAGAGCUUUAUGCACAGUAUCUAGAAAGACUAAAACAGUUCAUAUCUCAUGAACUCCCCAACUCCUGAAGAAGCCUACUUGAUUUUACCUCAGUUACUGUGAAUGGAAGAAAUGACCUGUUUUUGCACAUGCUUUAACUGGAUAGCUGUAAUAGCUUUACACUAUGAAGAAAUACCUGUCUUUAGGGUGUUCUAAUCAAACAUCUGAUGAAACUUGUCUUUUAUAUCUGGAAAUUAUUCUACUAAUGCACACAAUAUGGUCAACUACUGUAACUCCAAUGAUUUUAGUUUCAUUACCUUGGCGGACAUUGGGAUAUGAAUAUGGGGAUCCUUUUUACCUAUUACUGUAUUAAAUAUUCUAAAGUCAGUUUUUCUCUAUCUUCUGAUCAUUUAUAAUACUGGCCUAGGAGACUUUUUUCAAUGAUCUCAGUAUUUGGAACACAACUGUUAUGAAUUACAGCUUGUUCUUAAUAAUCGAUUCAUGGGUUCAAUCUAAGGGAGUACUUUCUUUGUAAAUUUCUAGCUGUGGUAUUGUAACUGGCAAGUUAUUGUGAUGAGGUUUUUCCUCUUAGUGAUCUUUUGUUAACUAACUGAUCUUCCCAAGUAAAUUAUUUAAGAUGUCCUACUCUUUCCUGGAAAAACAAACAAACAAAAAGCCACCCUACUACAAGGGGCUAAAUUCUCUCAGCCAUUUUCUGUAUAAAUAUAACUGGAAUAUUCUUAACGAAAAAUUGACUAACUUGUUUUUGUUUAAUGAAAAUGUAAAUUCGUUAAUAGAAAACUCCUUUUAAUAUUCAGAUGGUCUGAAUAAGAGCCAUAACAUUUCCUUCUGUAAAGCAUUCCUGUAGACUUUUUAAAAGUACUGUACAUAUUUGAAUUUACAUUGUGCAUAGAUUCUUGAUUGGUAGUUUUAAUUUAAAUCUAAUUACAAUAAACUUCAAAAUUCUGGUUUGUAUAUGAUUGAAUACAUUUUGUUAAAAUAUGUUUUUAUCCCUAUAUUAUUUUGCUAUUAAAAUUUUAUAAGGUUUCCAGGACAAAAAAUUAACAUUUUAUGUUUUGAUGAAUUUAUGUAACUAAAUUUUCAUUGAGCUAAUCUUUUUAGUUUAGAAGUAAUUUGAUUCUUUGACACUGGAAUCGCACAGAAAUAUGCAUCAGAAAUGCAAGACACUUACAAUUGUUACACUACUACUAUAGGUCUAAUUUUUUCCAAAUUUAAAGGCCUUAAAUGUACUGUAAGCCUCAGAUUGUUGUAAAAAUUGAUUGCGAUUGAUUGCAGUUUGUGUACUGUUGCUAAAAUGCAACACAGUGGUUGUAAUGGAAUAAAGGAUGCAUGGAUUAGAGCA